UUGAUGACCUCACUCGCUUACUUUUCAAUGCCGAGUUUGGUCUUUUGUGUUGGUGUAUAGAAAUUUGAGUGUAAUUUCGUGAUUUCACAACACAAAAGAAAAAGUUUUAUCUUGUUCUUGUCCCCUUUCUAUCUGUAAUAAGUCGUGUUGCAAUAAAAUUGUUUUUUUGUGCAAUUAAAACGUUAUUUUAGUGGAUCGAAAUUUUAGUUCCUUUAUAUUUAGUUGUUUUUGUUUUGUCAAGUGUGCAAUGUUCCCACUGGAUCAAUAGUGCACUUCACACAGGAAUCAUAUCGUUUGGACUCGUUUGAAUUAAGUGUUCGUGGGGAAAGGUAGUUUGUAAUGAAUCCUAACAACCAUGGUCAACCAAGAAGGAACUCUUCUUCAUAUAAUAGGCAUGCAACUAAUCAUGGGCCCAGGUCUAAUCAUUCCCAUAAUAACCAUUUGAGAUGGUCCAAUCGUUAUUCUAAAGACUUUUCUAGAGAUUUUGACAACAACUUCAAUAGAGGUGAGUGCUCAAUUUCCAAUGGAUCUACUUCCAAGGACUCAAAUUUCGUUCAUGGGUAUCCGAAAAACCCACAACUGAGCCCAAUCUUGUGUGCAAAUCAUAUGGCUUUUUCUAAUGAAGCUCAAGGACCCCAAGACCGCAGACACAUACCCGUUUCUGUUAGCGCAGUGGAUCGUCGUUUAAGUCAAGGUUACCAGCACGUACAAGACCGACGCGGUAUUGGAAAUUUAGCGGACAGACGCCACAUUUCGCCACCCUUGCAUAUCAACAUUUGCGACAACCCUACCAACUUACUGAGCACCCCCCAGGCAGAAGAGCUGCAGCGGCAGCUUAUGGACUUUUCUAAUUCUCAAAGGAGACACGGACGAGAGCUUCAUGUGAGCCCUGUGCAGUUCCAACAGCACUCGACGCAAUAUUUUAGACAGGCCAGCGACGAGAGCAUCAAGUCAGAGAGUCCGUCUCGCAAACGAAGACGCCUGUCGCGUUCGGGACACCAUUUAGAACUGAAUGUGCAGCCCCCUUCGCCACCGAGGCGGUCCCCACGUCAACACUUGCCUACUACGACCCAUCACAACAUGCAGGGAAGCCCUCCGCUUCGCCGUCCGCGCUACAGAGACAGGAACGAGUUCGCGCACUCGCACAGUCAAACGUUCCUUCCCAGUUCACCUCCUACAGCCCACGCUCAUCAACAUCAAUCUACCGUCGUCAUGGACAUUAAUCAGGUCCCUGUAACGAUUCCCGUCAAUCACGAGACGGUCUGGAGCUACACAGCACCGCCCCCGCACAUAUCGUUGUGUUCAGCUCCUGCUGGAGCACCUCAUCACAUGCACACGUGUCAUGUGCACAAUAUUUAUCCGGCACCACCGCCCCCGCCGACGCACCAUCAGCUGAUGGCGGCGCAACAAUUCGCCGCGCCUCCUGGGUGUUUGCCGGCGCAUCAAAGCUAUGGCGCCUUUAGCGGUGGCACCGGGAACCUGGCGGUGCCUGGACAACAUUACACGCACCACCCUCAUCAACAUAUUUCGCCACAAAGAUCAGAAGCUAUUGAAUUGGAGCUCAUAAAUGACCACCAUCACGCGCACACUCAUCCGUUGCAUGCAGGGCCCCCGUCGCUCCACCAUGUGCCCCCAUCGUUGCAGGUGUCGCCUUCGGCGUCUAUUUUUAUGCCUCCAAACGAUUCGCGGAACAACAAUCAGUUGGAACAGCUUUUGCAUAUGCGUACAGCUCACGCUCGUUAUUUGAGGGGUGCUCGUCUACCUCCGCCCCCACUACAGUCUCGGGCUCGUUGGCAUCACAACGGCACCCCUCUCAUGCAGUCCGCGGCACAAUAUUCCGGUUUUCUCUUCCACUUUUUGACCAUGUUCUCAAAUCCGCCUCUGUCUCCGUUCUCGCAGACGGACCUGAGCAGUUCGGACACUACCGAAACGGAGAAUUACGAGGCGUUGUUAAACUUGGCUGAGCGAUUGGGCGAGGCGAAGCCCCGAGGUCUUGCAAAAUUGGAAAUAGAACAGCUUCUGAGUUACAAGUUUAACGCAGAUACUCAUCAGGGAGAUCAGACGUCAUGUGUUGUUUGCAUGUGCGAUUUCGAGGCGAGACAGCUUCUCCGGGUGCUCCCCUGCUCCCACGAGUUCCACGCCAAGUGUAUCGACAAAUGGCUAAGGUCGAACAGAACAUGUCCGAUUUGCCGAGGAAAUGCUUCAGAAUAUUUCCACAACGCCGAAUAAAAUCUUGUAGUUGUGCUGCUUCGGGAGGUUGGCUGGCGUCCUCCGUUGCUCCCAGAAGAUUCCGGCUCCGUUUUUUAUUACCCGUUACGUACAUGAUUAUUUUUUAAUCUAAUUUAUUUAGAGUGCCAUUGUUUGCCAGUAAAAGUAUUCUUCCCCCCCAAUUAGAUCGUCUUCGUGAACGGGACGUGCGAAUAAUAUUGUAACGUAGCCCAUCUUUUUAAUUAUUAAUUAUUAUCAGUUAUUAGUAAGUUUUUUUUCUCCGCCGUUAAUGUUCCACCAAUUGUAACUACCUCCAGGUUGUAACAGGGUUACUGAGAGUCGCGAUCGACGUUUUUUCUUCCCCUUUCGCUUUCUCUCUCUCUCUCUGUCUCCCCCCACUCUUAUUUUAUUAAAAUACAUACCAAGUCCAAAACGGUACGGUUUCAUUAUUAUUUAUAAUAGCGCGAACAAAACGGAAUAGAAACAACUGCUGCUUUAAGAAUAUGUAACUUUUUAAGGGAACUUAUCGAUUUUUGGAUGCCAUGUAGAUGUCUUCUUGGCAUUCAAAAUUGAUUGAAUAAGAAAUGUCCUUUUGGUUGAAACAUUUGGAGUCUCAAUAAUACCUUUUCUGGUAUGUUGUGAAAUCACUGAAUUCUCCAGUCUUAUUUUGUAAUUAUCAUCAUAGGUUUUUGUUGUUAUUAAAUACCAUUUUUAAAAUUUUGGGUUUAAUAACGAAUAAUAAUUAUUAAAUAUCUUCUAGUAAAAAAUAUGAGUAUUGAAUAAAUGUUGUUGAAAUUAGGGAAUUAUUAUUAUUAAUAACGUUACGAACGAUUGUGGACGUGCUUUUUCAUGUUGUUCGUGGUGGUAACUUUCUUUUCUUUUUUUAAUUACUAUUAAAACUAUUAUUAUUAUUGUUAGCAUAAGUAAGGGAUUACGAAAUGCCAUCUGACUUUCCUUAUUGAUUAAUUAAUUUUAUUGAUUAGUUCUUAAGCUCUCGCUACUAUUGCUCACAUACUGUUAUUAUUAUAAAUAAGUUUCUUAUUUUAUUCUUUACGUUGUUGCACUUAAAUUGGCGCGCGCGAGUUCGAUAGAUUAUUAAUUUCAGCGGAUUUUUUUUUGUUAAAGUCGAUCUUAUUGAUAAUUGAUCGAAAAGACACACAUACAACUCACUUUGUCACUUUCUUCAUAUUAUAAAGGCCAAUCAGUGGACUACUGUUUAUUAAAGUGAUAUAUAUACGUAGUUGUAACCUUUUUUUGGGAUUCGUUGUAACUUUAAAAUGCAAUUUAUUGUUGUAUACUUCUUAGUUUUUUGUUCUUCUAAUGUUCAGCGAGUACUACAUAAAAUUUAAAAAUAAUUCCUACGCUACAGUACUAGAAACAAUGUCUGCAAAAUGUUAUUGGUUUGUUUUGUAGAUAGUUAUAAUCAAAUUUUUCAACUUUCUUUGCCUGUACUACUAAAUCAUUAUUGUCUCUUGAAAAUUAAGAAAAAAAAUCUCUCUUUUGUUCGAGAGAAGAAUAACUGUCUUCAUUUGAAUAUUUUGCAAAAAAAAUUAAUGUAAUAGGUGUGCCUUUGUAUUGUACAAUUUAUUAUGUGUAUAAAUAGUGGAUUCCUUGUAAAGUUUCUCAUACUACAUAAUAAUGUUGAAUGAAAGUAUUUCAAGUGCCGAGCAGAACAGAAAAAACAUUAAAAUUAUCCUAGGCUUACAUAUAAAAGAUAACCUGUAGUGUGUUUAUUUUAUUUUCUAAAGAGUUUUCCCCUUUUUAGCUUUUAGAUCGAGUAAAUUCGAGGAAAAUUAAUUGUUUAGUUAUAAUAAUCUAUUAAUAAUAAAAUUUUGCUCUUUA